AUGGAAUGCGAAGGGAAAUCGAGGGACAAAUUGGUGAGGGUGGUGGGAGCGGGGAAGCUCUGUUAUCUUAUGAAAUCGAAAAUCGGAGAGGGUUCAUACUCCUUAGUGUGGAGAGCGGAGCAGAGACAAACCGGUGAUGACGUGGCGGUGAAGCAGGUCUUCCUCUCCAAACUCAACCCUCGUCUCAAGGCUUGUUUGGAUUGCGAGAUCAAUUUCUUGUCCUCUGUUCACCACCCCAAUAUUAUUCGCCUUCUUCACUUCUUCCAGGAUGAUGGAUGUGUUUACCUUGUCCUAGAGUUUUGUGCUGGAGGGAACCUAGCUUCUUAUAUUCAAAGGCAUGGGAAAGUUCAACAACAGACGGCCAGAAAAUUCAUGCACCAGCUUGGCUCUGGUCUCAAAGUAUUACACUCUCACGGCAUCAUUCACAGAGACUUGAAACCGGAGAACAUUUUGCUAUCAAGCCACGAGGGUGAUGCAAUGCUCAAGAUAGCAGAUUUUGGUCUCUCAAGGACCGUACGCCGAGGUGAAUAUGCUGAAACAGUUUGUGGUUCUCCAUUGUACAUGGCUCCAGAAGUUCUUCAGUUCCAGAGAUAUGAUGACAAGGCAGACAUGUGGAGUGUUGGGGCCAUUCUUUUUGAGCUUCUAAAUGGUUACCCACCUUUUAAUGGCAGGAAUAAUGUUCAGGUGUUGAAAAACAUCAGAUCCUGCACCUGUCUUCCAUUUUCCCAACUGAUUCUUUCAGGAUUAGAUCCUGACUGUCUUGAUAUUUGUUCAAAGCUACUACACUUAAAUCCAGUGGAGCGACUAUCUAUUGAUGAAUUUUAUUGGCAUAGUUUUCUGCAAAGAAAAAUGAUGGGAACAUGA